AGGUAUUUAUAAGUCGCUGUUUGGUCUUUAAGACCAUGGUCUUACGUCAUCAACAUUCGGAAGCACUCGGAAUUCGAGAAUCCGAUGCACCCUGAAAGGACAAAAUGGCUGAAAAUGUUGAGGAAAUCUUGUCCAAAAGAAUAAAACCACCCAAGAAGCAAUCUUUAGCUCAUCUAAGAAAAAAAAUCAUCAGUCCAGGAGAGUUCCCUUACGACCUAAGUGAAAGAACCAGAUCUAAAUGUGCUUACUCUGUCAACAAGGCAACAGAGGAAACUGCAUCUCCACCUGGAACGACAGUAUUAUCAGAACCAUCAAUAUCACAGUCAAUCAUCAUGCCUCCACUGAUGCCUGAAAACUUGACAAACAAUACCAAUCCAGUCAAUUUACAUGUUCCUGAUGAAGAUUCCACCAGCACUUCCUGUCAACUUUCUGAAAGUAUACCUAAUGAAAUAGUUGCACCUGAAAGGGAUAUCCAGAGUGAAUUUUUUCUGAAUGAAGACCAACUUUAUCUAAAUAUGCUUUGCAAAGGAGGUACACAGACAGUGUCCAUUUCUGAUGGUUUAGGUUUGUUCAUGGUCCUACCUGAUUUGGAUUUUACUAAAGCACAGUUGAAGAGAGAUUGUUAUGUUUUAUUACAACGCAAGGCUGUGUAUUUUCAAGAGGCAGGUGCAAAGUGGCUGUGUACCUGCAGUUGUCAACCAAUUUGGUCAAAGGAAAUAAUGUCAUCAUCAAGCUGGAUGUGUUCCUCUUUUGAAGACUUUAUGACUCUGUACCCACCAUGCUUACACAGACGUGUUUGUUCAUUUAUCUAUGAACAGUAUGAUAAUUUGCACCAGUGCAGCCCUGCAGAUUACUUUGCUGACCAAUUUGAAGAAACAGAACAUGGUUACACAGCUAGCAGUGUAGAUGCAGAAGAGGCAACACGAAUUGAAUCUGUUCCAGUUGUAAGAAUUUGGAGUUCUUCUUCAAAAACACAUGGGCUAGUUACUGUGUUGAGGAGGAAAUAUUACUGCUUUUGCUGUAAAAAAAAUUACUGUGACCAUGUGAAAAAAUUUAAACAUUUAUCUUCUAACAAUAUUGAUGAUGAUAAUUAUCCACCAGUUCUACAAGAAUUAACAGAUAUUUAUAAUUCUGAAAACGAGACACUUCCAAAUUCUACCAGCACAAAGAUCAUUUGCCACUCUUACGAGAAAAUACCAUUUGGUCCCACUGAGGCACUUACCAGAGUAUUUUCUCCUCCACCUACAAGAGUAUUUUCCUCCGGAAUAAUGCAGAAUGUUCAGAGACAUGACGAUACCUUAGUCUUCAUUCCAAGCAAUACAAUAUGCAAACAUUGCUCUGGUAGAUUGGACUCUGAUGAUCCCAUUAAGAACAAAUGGAUAGCUGGUAGCAAUGUGACUGUUGUUACUAAAGCUUUUCUUGGAAAUGGAAUAGUUUAUUAUCGACCCUGUUUGGAUUGUGACUCUGUUACACUUUUUGAUGGUCAAGACCAUUGCUUUUUAAACAUGGGAACCUACCUAGUUGGAUAUGACAUCCUUCGUUCUUACAUGCACGGCUUUCUCCAUGGAAGACGCCCUCUGUAUACCUUCUACUCUGUAUUCGUGGAUGACCACUAUGACUAUGGGAAUGAAAAGAUUCUGGAAUUAUUUUCAUACCACAAACUUCGGAGUGCUUGGCUGUCUUUUUUGAAAUUACUCGACAUUGAUUUUGAGAAUGGUUUUUCAUGUCCAGAUUGCCCACAAGAUGGUCCUGACAUAAUCAUAUGUGAUGGAACAUCCUUGUCAUUCCAACGUCGCAUGUGGUCUUGGAAGAAUACAGAAGUGCCAAAAAAAACCUCAUCAAAAAAGAAGUCAGGUUUCAGAGAAAGAGUAUUCAUUCAGGAGGAAAAGACACGAAAACUGUUGCAUAGAUAUGUCACAGGAGGUGAUAUUCAUAGAGGAAAACAAACUUCUGUCUUGACCAUACAAGAAAAGAAUGAACUUAUGCGUUAUUUGCAGUCCUAUCCUGCAUUAUAUCUUUUUAUUAAGUCCAUUGACAAUGGAACAGUGAAGUUAUCUAGCAAGUUUUCCAAUUUCAUCACAUCACUCGCUUCUAAGUCUCCAGUAUGUGGAUAUAUUCAUCCCUCUGAGGAGGUUGGAAAAUUGAUCCAAAGCCUUGUUAAAGGUGUAGAUGUCAAAUGUGAUUAUGUCUUAUGGCAGAGUCUCCACAAUCACAUUCCUGUUCUUUUCAAAUUGCUUGACAAUUCAUCUGGAAAUUCAGCCCCAGCAGAUUUACGACCUUUGUUACACGAGUUGUGGGAUCUUUCUCUACAGCCAUUUGACAAUUGUGACAUAAUUGAUGACUCUUCAUAUCCUGUUGAGGCGGAAGAAAUGUCAUUCUUUCCGGCCCUAUCGACUUGUCGACCACGAGGUCAUUAUGGUAUGGACGAAAAAAAGAGUGACAAUUCUUGUCACAAGAAGUACAAAGGUCAUCCGUCUUUGCUUCCAGGAGUGUUUACAGUUUACUGUCCACAUGGAAAACUCCAUUUUCUAUGAAACAAAUCAUCCUUCUUGCAAUAAAACACAUAAAUAUAUUGUUGCAAAGAUGACUAUCAUCUUUUAAGCUAAAGUAAGUCAAAGUA